UAUGAUUGUUAUAAAUCCAGAGAGUUUAAUUGAAAGUAAUUUUGACUUACAUUCUAGUGUGUAAAGAUAAAUUGAUUUAAAUUAUGGACAUAAAUGAAAAGAAUUUAUGGGAAUUAUUAGUCAAUAAGAAUGGUUACACUGUACAUGUUAUGAAAAAUCCAGAAAAUGGAGCCAAAAUUAAUAGAACAUAGGCUUUCAUUAAUAAACAACCAGAAUUUAUAGCUUAAUAUGUUGCUGAUUUAGAAAAAAGAAAAUAAACUGAUUCAAGAAUAGAAUAUGUAUUUAUAUUUAUGUUAGUUAGGCAAGUGUGCUUGAAGAAAUAGAUAAGGAUUCUAAGUUAUUAUAUAUCAGAUUGAAACCACCUAUUCCUUUCAUGAGUAGUAGAGAUUUGGUGUUAUAUUAAAAGAUAUAUAGAUUGGAAAAUGGAAUGAUAUUAGUAUGCUGUAAUAAUUCCAUAUUAAUUACAUUUAGAAAGAUCUAUUAUUCACUAGAAAUAACCUCCUAUUCAUAAUGUGGAAAGGGCAGAAAUGUAUUUGUUUGGAUGGAUUCUUACUCCUUAAUAGAAUGGAUCCACAAAAGUUGUUUUGAUUUAAUGCUUUGAUAUGAAAGGAUAAAUGCCAUAAUAAUUAGGAAAUCAAUUUACUUAAUAAUAAACUGAUUUAAUGUUAGCUGUUAUUCAAAAUUUAUCAUUAUAAUGAAA